AUGUGGUCCCUUGCUGUGGUCAGGGUCAAGGUUGUCAUCGUGGGGGACGGGGGCUGCGGGAAGACGUCACUGCUGGUGGCCUUCGCCAGGGGGGACUUCCCCAAGGUCUACGUCCCCACCGUGUUCGAGAAGUACACGGCCUCCCUCCAGGUUGGCAGCAAAUCCGUGACGAUCCACCUCUGGGACACAGCAGGACAGGAAGACUACGACAGGCUUCGCCCGCUGUCUUACUCGGAUGCCAAUGUUGUCCUCAUCUGCUUUGAUGUCACCAACCCCACCAGCUACAGCAACAUCCUAACGAAGUGGUACCCGGAAGUGAACCACUUCUGCAAGGGCAUCCCGGUGCUGCUGGUGGGCUGCAAGACUGACCUGCGGCAGGAUCGGGAGGGAGAAGCCAUGGCCCGGCAUGUCCACGCCAUGUCCUACUUGGAAUGCUCGGCCAGGUACCAGGAGAACAUCCGGGACAUCUUUGUGGAGGCCUGUAGUGCUGCCCUCAGUGCCUCCCGUCGCAGCCAGCGCAGGAAGAGACCCAGGAGGGGCUGCGUGCUGUGCUGA